GUUGGAUGCAGCCCUUCUGGGGCGGAACCCAUUGUCAAAAAGGAUUUGGAAUCACCACAAUUUCAGAAACCCAAAAUAUAAGAAGAGAGCCGGGCCCGGUUGCAGCAAAACGGGAGAGGGGCAGAGAAAAUAUCUUGGGAUUCUCAACUGAACAAUUCUGAGAAAGAGAAGAGAGGGAGAUGGGGAGCACGGCUCUGCUCUCCCAUCCGCAGCUGGCCGGCUGCUUCCGCCGCCUCGAUUCCACAAUCGAACUCCGCCGCUGCAGCAUGCCACGGCCCACUGCAGCCCCCUUUCCGGGCUUAUUUUCCAUCUCGAAGUCCCACAAGGUUCGGCUUGUCCGCUCCGCUCUCGAGGACGACGCCAGAGAAGGGCAGCAGCAGCAGCAGCAGGAGCAGCAGAAGCAGUUGGGUGGGGUUGGCGCCGCUGUCGAAGAAAGACCUACUGAUCAAGAUUCAAUAGAAAGUGCCAAACAGGAUGAUGGACAAAGCCCUCUAUAUAAUUUCCUUUAUCCGAGCAAAGAGCUACUUCCUGAUGAUAAAGAGAUGAGUGUCUUUGACCAUUUGGAAGAGCUUCGCGAGAGGAUAUUCGUCUCUGUUUUGGCUGUCGGAGCUGCAAUCCUAGGAUGCUUUGCUUUUUCGAAGGAGCUGGUUAAACUUCUUGAAGCACCUGUUAGUGCUCAGGGAGUUCGCUUUUUGCAACUAUCUCCUGGGGAGUUCUUCUUUACAACUCUCAAGGUAUCUGGAUAUUGUGGAUUGCUUCUGGGAAGCCCUGUACUUCUAUAUGAGAUCAUAGCCUUUGUACUACCCGGUCUAACGAAAGAUGAGAGGAGAUUCCUGGGUCCUAUAGUCUUGGGCUCUUCGGUACUAUUCUAUGCUGGUAUUGUCUUCUCCUAUUCAGUUCUAACUCCAGCUGCGUUGGGCUUCUUUGUCAACUAUGCGGAGGGAGCGGUGGAGUCGCUGUGGUCGAUAGAUCAGUACUUUGAGUUUGUACUCGUGCUUAUGUUCAGCACCGGACUAGCUUUCCAGGUUCCUGUCAUACAGCUAUUAUUGGGACAAGUUGGUUUGGUGUCCGGAGACCAAAUGCUCUCGAUCUGGAGAUACGUUGUUGUCGGUGCAGUUGUUGCCGCUGCAGUGCUUACGCCGUCGACCGAUCCCCUGACCCAGAUGCUGUUGGCUGGGCCGCUAUUAGGACUCUAUUUAGGCGGCGCAUGGUUGGUAAAACUCAUCGGACGUUAGAUUCUUUAUAGUGGACUAGUGUAACAUAUGUAAGCAU